AUGGUUGUUUACCACAGUUACUAUGGAAAAUAUCGGAAUGUUCUGGGAAGCAAGAGAGACUCAGGAAACUCAUCUUCAGCAUCAAACCAAUCUCUAACCCUUGACACCUUGAGCUACUGUGGCUGCUACUAUGGAGGCCUGGGCUAUGGCUAUGGAGGCUUUGGUGGCCUGGGGUACGGCUGUGGUAUUGGCUGUGGCAGCUUCCGCAGAUGGAGUUAUGGCUGUGGCUACAGAGGUUACGGAUCUGGCUCUGGGUAUGGAAUCUAUGGAGGCUAUGGAUAUGACUCUUGUCACCCAUCUUGCUAUGGAGGAUAUGACUUCUCUUGCUUCUACUAAAAAGACUGCAGAUCCUCAGACUCUUUUACCACUAUGCUCUUACCCACAUUGUUCUAUGAUGUGAGCUCUUGUCUUGAUGUAGG